GUCACAAUGAGUUUGUUGUGGUAGAUGCACGGUUGGAGCAUUGAAUCACUCAGUUAGUAGCAGGUGUAAAGGCGAGAGGAGGAACGCGGUCCGUGCAUGAAGUAGGAAGAGACUGCAGCUCAAGAAUAGCUGUGGAUAGACGUGGUGAGCACCAGCAGCUUCUGAAUAACACUCUUAGUUUAAAAGUUGUGAGUUAUCAUACCAGGUUAUUGAUAACGCCAACAUAGAGUAUUCCUACCUAAUCUGAUCUAAACCAAUUCGGCUAACCCGAUGAUGAACUGCUGCCUUUUUAAAUGCAUUCAUGUUACUGGUGGAGAUGUUCCGCAGUGUGCUGGGGAAGACUCUCGGGUUUGUGGGCUACACAGUCCAGUAUGGCUGCAUUGCACACUGUGCCUUCGAUUACAUUGGAGAACUUGUGGUGUGUUCGGGUCCAUCCAUGGAGCCAACUAUUGUCAACCAUGAUAUUGUCUUCUCUGAGCGGAUGAGUCGUCAACUUUACAAAAUACAAAAGGGUGAUAUAGUAAUAGCAAAGAGUCCAUUUGACCCACGUAUGAAUAUUUGUAAAAGGGUUAUUGGACUGGAGGGUGACAAGGUCUGCACGAGUUCCCCAUCAGAUCUGUUCAAGGCCCACACUUAUGUUCCUAAAGGCCAUGUAUGGCUAGAAGGGGAUAACCUUCGGAAUUCCAAUGACUCAAGGAGCUAUGGCCCAGUUCCCUACGCCCUCAUCCGAGGGCGUGUUUCCUUAAAGCUCUGGCCACCACACAGUUUUGGGACCCUCAGUGAAAGCCCGACCCGACGGAUCAUUAAGACUCAGAGUGACUCAGACUGACUCAUUCACUUUGUUUGUACAGUACGUUGCUGUUUUAAAUCAAUUUUUGAAUAAAGUUCAUAUGUAUUUCGAUUUUGUUAUUUUAUUUUAAAACACGGUUAUUCUUUAACCAUGCUGAUGUGAUCAGCACCAUGCAAUCAUACAUGCUUCAGUUAUACAUUUAUUUUAGUGUUUUAUAACUGACAAGAUUCUGUCAUCUGGGACAUCUGUGCAGCACUAUAAGAACAGCGCGUGAAGCUUUGUCUCUGUGGAACUGCUAAUGGCAGAGAGUGGGCAGUGGCAAUACACGAGGUUCAUGUUGGGAAUCAUGAUCAUUAAGUAAUAAGACACACAUAAGUUUUAAAUCAACACAUUAGAGACCAAAUCAUACCCAAGAUUCACUGGGAGGGCUACCUGUGGUUGAACUUAAAUGCUGAGUUUAAUUUGCCCUAAAAUUCACCUAAACCACAUAUUAACAAGACAGAAGUACAUGUGUUUUAAACAGAGAUAUCUGUCUAAACCUAUCAACUAUGACCUCGGGAAAUGCAUGUCUCAUUCCUUUAAAGAAAAUAUUAAUUUCAUAUUUACCCUUUCUUAGUAUUAUGGUAAAAACAAAAGCUCUCUUAUUGUUUAAUAUUUAAUUAGGCUGCCAGGGCAACUGAAAAAAUGUUAACAUUUCCCAUUUAACCAUACAAUAUUAAUACCACUUAGUAAGAGCCUCACUCACCACUCAAAUCAGUGUGUGUGUGUGCGUGCACGUGCGUGUGUGUGUGUUGUGUCCAGAGUCUCACACCCAGUAUGUUGCAUGCACUUAAGACACAGCAUUAUUGUCAGCUUUCUGUAGUAACCACACGUCAUAUAUAGACGUGGUUUCUCUUAUCCGGGUAAAGGACAAAGAAAAACUUGUUAAACACAGCUACUUUAGAGAAACCUGACUUCUUGGUCACAUAUAUACCUUAAACCAGGUCUCUUAAGUGGAUUUUUACAAGAGCACAUGUGCAUGACAAAGACUUAACAGUGGAAGUAAUGUGGCAGUAGUGGGAAGAAAAAGGAGCAUUGCUGUACAUCUUUGUUUUGAAUCCAAAAUAAUUAAAUCCAAAAUUGGAAUAAGCUGAAGCUAAAAUAUAAUAGUCUAAGUAAAGCAGUUUCCACCCGUGGACAGCAGGUAAUGUUCUAACACAAGCACAAACAGGAUCACAUUUAUCAUUCUGCUUACUCUCACAAAAAAAAGGCCAUGCAUUGCUGCCCACUUCUAAGGCCUGCUCAUCCUCCUCAGACCUUCCUGGACACAGGGACAUAACAGCACAUCCACAUACUGAGCUGUGGAAGCU